AUGAGCGGCUCCGAAGCCCUCCCGGUGACGCCGGGAGAGAAGCACGACCUUGUCAUGCCUGGUUCUCCAGACUCCGACGACCAAUCUGAGACGACAACGCCGCUUGAUGAGCACAUUUCUGGGAACCCCAUCGAGACAAAAAGAGUUCCUUCCCUACGAUCAAUCUCCGACCCCCAAAACAUACAUCCCAGCUCAACGGCCAUCGGAAUGCUGGGUAUGGCGAGAAAGCCCCCCACCCCCGCCUCAUCUUUUGCCAGCAGCGCUGGUGCCAUGGACAACAGUGUCAUGGCCAAAGUACGGGCUCUUCACCAACAACGAAUGCAAAAAGGGUCGCCAUCUGCCAGUUCUCCCACCACGCCUGUUUCGCAAAAUAUUCCUGGAGCUAUAAAUGGCUUUCCUGGAGUGCCGGUUCACCGCCCACCACCGCCCAAUCACCCGAACUCAGCCCCAAUCAUACCCAAGCAGUCUCUUAGCGAGCGACGGGCCAACAAAUUGGGUGGGGGGAUGAAGCUUCCUGAUAUGGGCGGACCGAGCCCAUCUAUGCGCCGUCCCGGAGCUCCUAAACUAGGGAGCUUACCAGGUGCAAAUGGUAGAUCAGAAACAGCUGCCGGUUCUAGGCUAGAUGAUUACAAGAAGUACAUCGAUACGGACAAGGGUUGGAUCACAUUUGACGGUGCUGCCACGAUCACUCGAGAGGGUGUUAACUUCCACAAUGGCCAAACCUUUAGCAUAUCUCUCGACGAGGUGGAAAUCUUGGACGAAUUGGGCAAAGGCAACUACGGAACCGUUUAUAAGGCCAAACACUCCAAACCUCGGGUGCCUCGUUUCGGUCAGGGCCUAUCGGGUGUAAAGCCGCCUAUACACCAUUCGGUAUCUGACCCAAUACCUUUACAAAAACACGAAGACGAUGGCAAAAGCACUACGACAACCGGUGUGACAAUGGCCAUGAAGGAAAUUCGCCUCGAGUUGGAUGAUGCCAAAUUCACCACCAUUCUCAAGGAGCUGGUCAUCUUACACGAGUGUGUUUCUCCUUAUAUCAUCGACUUUUACGGCGCAUUUUUUCAAGAAGGCGCCGUGUACAUGUGUAUUGAGUACAUGGAUGGAGGUUCCAUUGAUAAACUUUACCCCGGUGGCAUCCCUGAGGGCGUUCUGCGAAAAAUCACCUACUCGACUGUUAUGGGCCUCAAAGCAUUGAAAGAUGACCACAACAUCAUCCAUCGCGAUGUUAAACCCACGAACAUCUUGGUCAAUACCCAAGGGCAGGUGAAGAUUUGUGACUUUGGAGUCAGCGGGAACCUCGUGGCGAGCAUUGCGAAGACCAACAUCGGCUGUCAAAGUUACAUGGCGCCUGAACGCAUUUCCGGAGGUGGAAUGGCGCAGGUCGGCAAUGCUGAUGGAACUUAUAGCGUCCAGAGUGAUAUCUGGAGUUUGGGCUUGACAAUCAUUGAAUGUGCUAUGGGCCGUUAUCCAUACCCGCCUGAAGUUUCGUCUUCAAUCUACAGUCAACUCAAUGCUAUUGUUGAGGGGGAACCCCCUGGCCUGCCAGAAGAAGGCUACUCUCCGAUUGCUAAGGACUUUGUUCGCAGUUGUUUGAACAAAAUACCAAAGCUACGACCAACUUAUGCCAUGCUGCUUAAGCAUGCUUGGUUGAGUCCAAUGACUAAGCCUCAAACGAUCACGGAAGAAGCUGAAGAAGGCGAUGAAGCCGACAAGGUAGCUGAGACGGUGGGGCAGAUCGAACUUGAUGCAAGCGUGGAAGAUGAGGAGGUAGCAAACUGGGUGAAGGCUGUUCUUAAGCAGCAGGCUGUUUCAGGGAAAGGCAGCCCCGUGGCACCAGCACUUCAUGCUGCCCCUCUCGAUACGGUCAGCCCUACAGCUAGUCCACUUUCUGGGCGCAACCCCUUGGCAUAA